AUGACGUACGGCAUGGCAAAAGUAGAGCCUAGACAGCGAGGGAGUGAUAGGAUUAGCAGCUUACCAGACCCCCUGCUUCAUCACAUCCUCUCUUUUCUUCCCAUAAAAGAAGCCAUAUCCAAGAGCUUGAUCUUGUCCAAGAGGUGGAGAGAGCUAGGGCUAUCAAUGCCCGCUCUUGACAUUCACGACACUGGAUUUUCUAGACCUGAUGGCUUCAUUCAAUUUGUAGAUGCAGUAUUGUUCUUGUCAGAUCCCAAACCGAUAAACAUGUUUCGUCUCAAGUGUGAGAAACUGAAGGUGCCUCUUAUCAGGAUUAAUAUGUGGAUUAACUCACUGAUAAAUCGUAAAGUCGAGCAUCUGGAGCUAUGCAGUACCAUUAAGGUUUUAAAGUUGGCUCAUGUUAUGCUGAAUGCUCGAUAUGUUAAUUUGCCUUCACUCAAAGUAUUGCAUCUGGUGAAAGUUCAAUUUUCAAAUCCUGAAUCGGCCAUUAAUAUUCUUAAUGGGUGUGCUCUUCUUGAAGACUUGGUAUUAAAAUCUUGGUCUACUAAUAGAUCCGUCCUCAGGAUUGGAAGGCUUGAACAUUUGGUGUCAGCAAAAGUUCAUAAUCCAUCUUGGAUUCAGUUGAAAGCUUUUAGUAAUGUUAGGCUUCUUCAGAUUGCUGAUGAGAUGGGGUGCAUGCUACUUGUGUCUGAUAUUCCAACAUUUUAUAAUUUAACUCACCUGGAAAUCUUAUGGCUAAUUGAUGAUGGGAAUAACUUUUUGGGAUGUCUUGGAAGUUUCCCAAAACUUGAAAUUCUUACUAUUCAUAAGCUGGAUUUUAAGAGAAGCUUGAAGGAUCAUUCAAUGCUUGAUGUUCCUCAAUGUCUUUCAACGCAUCUUAGGAAAUUUUAUCUCGGUGAAUAUAGAGGAUCGGAAUGUGAGUUUGAAGUUGCAGCAUUUAUUAUGAAGAACGCAAGUGUUUUGAGGGACAUCUCCAUUUGCAGUUCUAAAAAGGAAAAUGAAAAUUCGAAACUCCAAAUGAUCACAAGAUUAUCAUCAUGUCCUAGAGGUUCUGGACAAAGCACCCAUCGCACAGAUGAAGAAUGCCACAUCAUUGCUGGACGAUUUGAUCGCAAAUUCCCCACAAGCACCUUGAUGAGCGUUCUUAGCCAUGGACGCCAAGUCUUCUGCCUCGGAGCCAAAGUUUGCAAAGAAAGCUUGAAACCUGGUGAGUGCUUUCAAAUCCUGAGGAUUGUUGUCCCAAGCACUCAGCUAGCCUUCGAUUUUGCAACCACCAAAAUCGCUGACCCUAAUGAACGUUUGACAACUCUAGCUCUUGAUUUCACGGCUCAUAUUGAAUCAUCUAUGGAUGCUUGUAGUGGUGGCCAUGAAGGUUCGAUUCAUGAAGGGGACGGCGGCGAAGGGAUUAUGUGGGGUGUGUGCAGGCAGUAG